UACUAUUGUUAGAAAGCAAAAUAAUUUUUUUGUAAUCAUUUCUGGAUUCAAAUAUUGAAAUCAUACCUUUGGAUGGUUAUAAUCCAAAUGCUUAAUUUUAUGUACGUAUUUAAGGUCCUUCGGGACUCACACUGGUGGAAACACCUUGGGUAUGGGAGUCAGUCUUCAAGGGUGAGGCAGACAAGACUUCGAGGCACAUUCUUAUUCUAUAUGGAGAAUCAUGCCCAGAAGCUGCCCUCAUUAUGUUUGGCACUUGCCAAUUUUUUUUUUCAAACCUCAGUUUCAUGAGCACCAUAAAAACUCACUUAAAAUCGAAAAGAACCCCCUGAAGUUAAGGUGAUCCACUCUACUUUGCCUUGCCUUUCAGGGCUUGGAAUGUCACCUUUGACCUCCAGUAAAUAAAGCCAACAUCAACACUGUACCAUGUCUUUUAUUUUUUAUGCACUCAGUAUUCUUCAUAUGACAAUCUGGACACUUACACGGAAAUUACAGCAAUGAUCUAUGUCCCUGCACCGAGAAUUGUCUUUGUAAUAUAUAGGUACUGUGUAUCCAUCAUUUUCUUUUGUUCUUGUACUGUUCACCCUGGAUUGAGUAAAUCUAAAAUGGAAUUAAAAGAGACGUGAUUAAUAGUGAACUACCAAGAAAUAAUGAUAUCAUAAUACUUUCUUAAAACGACCUGGCAUGUGUGUGUAAGUAGCAUUUUCCAACAGAGACAAUUACAGCUGUUUGACUGUCUUGCAGGCUAUUGUGUCUUUAACCUCACUAUUUCCGAGAAGCCACCGAAAAGUUCUAAUAUGUCACAAUUCAAAUGUCAACAUGUUGUUGGAAAGGAAACUAAUAAGUUAAGCCUUGCAAGAGAUGCCAAAAAGAGAGGUGAUUCAAAACUGUUGAGAGCAGUCUAUUGUUUUCUAAAGGGAAAUAGAAUUGUGGAAUAAAACAGUAUUUAAUUCCCGUUCAAUAAGUAUUUAACUGGAAGGAUUUUUUUUGGGGGGGGCAGGGGGAGGAAACUUAAGCGUGAUCAUUAUUUUUCUUUAAUCUGUUAAUUUUUUUUUCUACUUGUGCAUCUCCAAAAGGAGGAUGUGAAAGUUGGACAUUAGAUUACAAAGUUCUGUAAGUUUACUGGGCUUUGUUUUGUUUUGUUUAUAGGAGUGCAGCACAUAGCAAGGAACAAUUUUCCUGAUGGUCUGGAUUCCAUCUUUAGAUAGAUAUAAAAAAUCUAAGGUUACGGUAGAACAUGGUAGACUAAUAUGUUUAGGUAUUACAUUGUGUUCUCUAAAGGAAUAUGGGUCAGUUAAGCUUCUAUUGAAUGAAAAACCAUUAAUUCGUUAUGGCAAGAAAGAAACUAAGAAGAACACACUUCUCCUACAGAUAUUCUAUAGAGUAGUGGCAGACAUUGCACCUGGGGAAGAGCUCCUGCUGUUCAUGAAGAGUGAAGACUAUCCCCAUGAAACCAUGGCGCCCCACAUCCACGAAGAACGGCAAUAUCGCUGUGAGGACUGUGACCAGCUCUUUGAGUCCAAGGCUGAACUAGCAGACCACCAAAAGUUCCCAUGCAGUACGCCUCACUCCGCGUUUUCCAUGGUGGAAGAGGACUUCCAACAGAAACUCGAAAGUGAGAAUGAGCUCCGAGAAAUACACGCCAUCCAGGAGUGUAAGGAAUGUGACCAGGCCUUCCCCGACUCACAAAGCUUGGAAAAACACAUGCUGUCCCAUACUGAAGAGCGGGAGUAUAAGUGUGAUCAGUGUCCCAAGGCAUUCAACUGGAAGUCCAAUUUGAUUCGCCACCAGAUGUCACAUGAUAGUGGAAAGCACUAUGAAUGUGAAAACUGUGCCAAGCAGGUGUUCACGGACCCUAGCAACCUACAGCGACACAUUCGCUCUCAGCAUGUUGGUGCCCGGGCUCAUGCUUGCCCUGAGUGUGGUAAAACGUUUGCCACGUCAUCAGGCCUCAAACAACACAAGCACAUCCACAGCAGUGUGAAGCCCUUUAUCUGUGAGGUCUGCCAUAAAUCCUAUACUCAGUUUUCAAACCUUUGUCGUCAUAAGCGCAUGCAUGCUGAUUGCAGAACCCAAAUCAAGUGCAAAGACUGUGGACAAAUGUUCAGCACUACGUCUUCCUUAAAUAAACACAGGAGGUUUUGUGAGGGCAAGAACCAUUUUGCGGCAGGUGGAUUUUUUGGCCAAGGCAUUUCACUUCCUGGAAACCCAGCUAUGGAUAAAACGUCCAUGGUUAAUAUGAGUCAUGCCAACCCCGGCCUUGCUGACUAUUUUGGCGCCAAUAGACAUCCUGCUGGUCUUACCUUUCCAACAGCUCCUGGAUUUUCUUUUAGCUUCCCUGGUCUGUUUCCUUCCGGGUUGUACCACAGGCCUCCUUUGAUACCUGCUAGCUCUCCUGUUAAAGCACUAUCAAGUACUGAACAGUCAAACAAGAGUCAAAGUCCCCUCAUGACACUACCAGCUACACAAGAUAUUUUGAAGGCACUCUCUAAACACCCACCUGUAGGGGACAAUGAGCCAGUGGCGCUGCAGCCCGAGAGGUCCUCUGAAGAGGGGCCCCUUGAGAAAAUCAGUGACCAGUCAGAGAGUAGUGACCUUGAUGAUGUCAGUACGCCAAGUGGCAGUGACCUGGAGACAACCUCGGGCUCUGAUCUGGAAAGUGACAUUGAAAGUGAUAAAGAGAAAUUUAAAGAAAAUGGUAAAAUGUUCAAAGACAAAGUAAGCCCUCUUCAGAAUCUGGCUUCAAUAAAUAAUAAGAAAGAAUACAGCAAUCAUUCCAUUUUCUCACCAUCUUUAGAGGAGCACACAGCGGUGUCAGGAGCUGUGAAUGAUUCUAUAAAGGCUAUUGCUUCUAUUGCUGAAAAAUACUUUGGUUCCACAGGACUGGUGGGGCUGCAAGACAAAAAAGUUGGAGCUUUACCUUACCCUUCCAUGUUUCCCCUCCCAUUUUUUCCAGCAUUCUCCCAAUCCAUGUACCCAUUUCCUGAUAGAGACUUGAGAUCGUUACCUUUGAAAAUGGAACCCCAAUCACCAAAUGAAGUAAAGAAACUUCCGAAGGGAGUCUCUGAAUCCCCCUUUGAUCUCACCACUAAGCGAAAAGAUGAGAAGCCCUUGACUCAAGUCCCCUCCAAGCCUCCGGCCACACCAGCCACAAGCCAGGACCAGCCCCUGGAUCUGAGCAUGGGCACUAGGAGUAGAGCCAGUGGGACAAAGCUGAGCGAGCCCCGGAAAAACCACGUAUUUGGGGAAAAGAAGGGAAGCCACCCUGAAGCAAGACCAUCUUCGGAUGGUUCCUUACAGCACGCGAGACCCACUCCCUUCUUUAUGGACCCGAUUUACAGAGUAGAGAAAAGAAAAUUAACUGAUCCACUUGAAGCUUUAAAAGAGAAAUACUUGAGACCUUCUCCAGGAUUCUUGUUUCACCCACAAUUCCAAUUGCCUGAUCAGAGAACUUGGAUGUCAGCAAUUGAAAACAUGGCAGAAAAGCUGGAGAGCUUCAGUGCGCUGAAGCCGGAGGCCAGCGAGCUGCUGCAGUCCGUGCCCUCUAUGUUCAGCUUCCGAGCACCUCCCAAUACCUUGCCCGAGAACCUCCUGCGAAAGGGGAAGGAGCGCUACACCUGCAGAUACUGUGGCAAGAUUUUUCCAAGGUCUGCAAACCUAACACGGCACUUGAGAACCCACACGGGAGAGCAACCUUACAGAUGCAAAUACUGUGACCGAUCAUUUAGCAUAUCUUCUAACCUCCAGCGCCAUGUCAGAAACAUCCAUAACAAGGAGAAGCCGUUUAAGUGUCACUUAUGUGAUAGGUGUUUUGGUCAACAAACAAAUUUAGACAGACACCUAAAGAAACACGAGAAUGGGAACAUGUCUGGUACGGCAACAUCAUCGCCUCACUCGGAACUGGAAAGUACAGGGGCGAUUCUGGAUGACAAAGAAGAUGCCUACUUCACAGAAAUCCGAAAUUUCAUCGGGAAUAGCAACCACAGCAGUCAAUCCCCCAGGAAUGCAGAGGACAGAAUGAAUGGCAGUCACUUUAAGGAUGAGAAAGCAUUGGUGACGAGUCAGAAUUCAGAUAUACUGGAUGAUGAAGAAGUGGAUGAUGAGGUGCUAUUAGAUGAGGAGGAUGAAGACAACGAGAUCCCUGGGAAAGCUGGCAAGGAAGCGGUGAUGGGCGACCUACAUGACGGAAUCCCUGAGGAUGACUACGAGGAAGCCGGUGCGCUGGAGAUGAGCUGCAAGACGUCCCCAGCCAGGUAUAAAGAGGAAGAAUAUAAAUCUGGACUUUCUGCUCUAGAUCAUAUAAGGCACUUCACAGAUAGCCUCAAAAUGAGGAAAAUGGAAGAUAAUCAAUAUACUGAAGCCGAGCUGUCUUCUUUUAGUACUUCCCAUGUACCAGAGGAACUUAAACAGCCGUUACACAGAAAGUCUAAAUCACAGGCGUAUGCUAUGAUGCUGUCGUUGUCUGACAAGGAUUCUCUGCAUUCCACAUCCCACAGUUCCUCCAGCGUGUGGCACAGCCUGGCACGGGCCGGGACGGAAGCCAGUGCCAUCCAGUCCAUUAGCCACGUAUGACGCUGCCAAGGCCAAGCAGAGUGGGACCAAGUCCAGCGGUAGCAUGGCCCGAUCACACAGGCUCCUAACCAGACUGCCGAGCAGAAUGCCUUAGAAACCCCAGGGUCACUCAUUAAAAGUCUGAUGACCUUAAACUGAAUGAUGAAAGAAAAAGAAAAGAAAAGAAAGAAGGAAGGAAGGAAGGAAGGAAGGAAAGAAAGUAAGGAAGGAAGGAAGGAAAACUAUUUAUUCUCGAUAUUUCGUUUUGCACAGCAAAGGCAGCUGCUAACUUCUGCAGGAUCAAUUUGACUAAAAGGAUUCAAUGAAAACAAACCACUGGCUGGGCGGAAGUUCGCCCCGUGCUAGGGUGUGGGGGGCUGAGAGGGGCUCUUGAGAUGACCCCAUGCUAGACAAGGAAUCCUUCUUUGUAUAAGGUCACCUGACCUGAUUGGGAACAGUUGCUUUCAAUUGAAGUUUUAAUGGUUUUUUUUUUUUCCUUUGUUAAAUUUUUAUGUAACUUAACCCUUUGAAAAUGGAGGUAGUUGGAUGAAAUGCACAGUCAGUUGUUAUAGAAACUGAUACCAGAGUACUCAUCCCCGCCCCACCGCCCCCAACCUCCUUGACUUUUGCCUUCUUAAGUACAGUGUUUAAGAUGAGGGAGAAAGGAAGGUGGACCCUAUGGUUGUUCAGGCUCCAAGAGAUUAAUGGAUGAAUUGUGCUCAUCACCAUACCACUAAUAAAACGUUUGCCAAAUCCUUGUCAUACAUCUUAAUUUUAGACAAUCAUGUCACUGUUUUUUUUUUUAAUGUUCUAAAUUUCUUUCUUUGUGUUGUGUGUAUCAUGUAUUUAUUUGUUGGCAAACUCUUGUUUGUUGAUUAAAAUAGCACUGUUCCAAUCAGCCACUAUUUUACAAUGUCCGUGAGUGCAAGGACGCAGGUAACUUGGCCUGUGUAGGGAGUGCCAAAAUGGUGUUUGGCUUUUCUUAACAUUCCUUUUUUUUUUUUUUUUUGGUUGUUGUUGUUGUUUUUGUUUUCCUUCUUAAUGAAAUUAUGAAUAGAUGCGACUUAGUUUUUGUAAUACUGAAAUCGAUUCAAUUGUAUAAAUGACUAUAAUUUUCUUUCAUGAAAGCAUGAUUCUUCUGAUUAAAAAAACUGUACCCCAUAUUUUAUGCUGAUUGUCUGCAAGCUUGUGCGAUGUUAUGUUCAUGGCAACCCUAUUUGUAAAAUGAAGUGUCCCUAACCUUAUGUUAAAAAGAGAAUAACAGACUGUAUUCAGUUCUUUCACCCUUAUUGAGAAACCAGAUUUGUUUUCUUUUCUUUUUCUUGUUGUUGUUUGUUUGUAAUCUCAUUUUGAAAUAAUCGGCAAGUUGAGGUACUUUCUUCAAAUGCUUUGUACAAUAUAAACUGUUAUGCCUUUCAGUGCAUUCCUAUGGGAAGAGCAACUAAAAAAUAAAGACUUAAAAAUGAUGAA